CACCCCACACCCACACCAACACCCACACCCACCCACACCCACCCACACCCACCCCACACCCACACCAACACCCACACCCACCCACACCCACCCACAUCCACACCCACCCACACCCACACCCACACGCCACACCCACCCCACAUCCACACACCCACACCUAUAUGUGAGUUUCACAAAAUGUAAUUUAGCUUGAUGGCGUGGAGAGUGGGUGUUGAUGUGGAUAUGCGUACUAUAUUCAUGUCUAACACACAGUCACACUCUGUAAUUAUUCUACCUUUAAUCUUAUCUACCCUUACCUUCACCAUCAAGAUCAAAGUGCUUCUAUCCAGUUGGUAUUUGCGGCAGAGAAAAACAUUUACCUUUCGCAGUUCGUAAUAAAACUUCUUUCUACGUGCACGUGCAGUUCAUUCUUUUCUCACAAGCAUUACCCAGUUAUCAAAAGGUGAGUAGAGAUAAGAGGACACUAUUUGCAUUUCUUUCACAAUAACAUACACAUUGUCGCGAAACAGAGUAUCCAACAAACGAACGUAACCGGUUAGAACAACCAUAUUUCGUUCUGACAGUAUUACGGUUUCUGACUAAGUUUGACGUAAAACAUUGUUAUUCAAAUCUAUGGUGACAUCAAAAGAUGGAAGUAAAAGUAGAUCAAUUUUCAAUAGGUUUAGUAGUCUUUCACUUGUUUCUCUCUCUUCAUUACUAUCACAGUUAAACAUUUUCUUUUUAUUUAGGGCAGGCAACUAAAUUAUCUACUAAGAAGGAUUUAUAUCCAGCAUCAAAACAUGAACAUUGGUUAAAAUUACUUUCUUCUCAGCCAGAUCAUAGUUGGGUCUGUGAUAUUUGUCGGAAAAUUUUUGGUGGAAAAGAUGAACGAUUUCGAUGUGAUAUUUGUGAUGAUUUUGAUAUGUGCCGAAUAUGCUACAGUGCAAUAACACAUAGACAUCAUAUGGCACUUUGCCUUGGCAAAGAAUGGCAAUGCAGUAUACCAUUGUCAUAUAUGCGUGCAACACGACCUUUGUGA